AUGGUUUCCCAGAAGACGCCGGCCGAAACAAAAUCUUCUCGGGUAAUCGUAAACCUGUCGCCGGGCUCGUCAACCUUGGUGAUUCUGUUCGGCUGGGCUGGAUGCCAUGAUCGCUACCUCAAGAAGUACUCAGACUACUAUGAGAAAGCAGGGUCAGUCGCAAACCGAUUCAAUGCUCAGAACUUUCUCCUGACCCUGUUCAAGCUCGCUGGGCUGCUUGUCUACGUCAAAUUUUACGCGCUU